UGCGCCCAUGAUAUCAACCUGAAAACAUGUGGUUGGCACGCAAAAGCUAAGCAUGCAGCAACGUUGGAGUGCUGGUGUCCGAUGUCAUUUUGCAAAAAGAACGAGUUGCGGUCAGCACAUGAUUCUGACUGACUUGACAGCUCUAACUUCAACAAAAGGCUAGAUGCCGUCGCCGAAUGGUGCGAAUAAGGCGCCCGCAAGGAAGACGCCGGAGCAGAAGGGCGUAGAUCUUGCACAGAAGCUUGCAAGGAAGAGGUCGCAAGACUUUACCACGAAGAUACAGGGCUGGAACCAAGGUGGUGCGGGAGUGGUGCAGAGGCAGGAUGAAGUUGUCGUUAUACUGGACGACGAUAGUGCAUGUGCGCUCAAGAACGCAGUCGUUCUAGAAGUGACUCCGAAGAGUGUGAAGACUGGCAAGGCACCGGAGUCUGCAGAGGUUGAUGGCGGGGAUGAGGCGCCAUUGACACCCGGGUCGCCAGAGUCUGCGACAGCGAAGGGCAGCCCCAAGCUUGCAUCAUCCGCUCGGCCUUCCAAAGAACUAGAUCUUGGGCGCAAGGCAUGGGUACGACGAAAGAGCAAGCCACAAGCGGAAAUAGCAGAAGAUAUCAAGCAUGCGGGGACUCCGAAGAAGCGUGUCGUUAGUGACGGCCACUGGCGCAGAGACCGAACGGCAAAGCCAGAGACGGCAGUGACUCCAGAGAAGGAGGUGACGCCAAAACCGAUUACGAUCAAGCGUAGUGUGGUGACUGUAGGGUUGAAGAUCCCGCCUUCGGUCCAGAACUUUUACGAAGAUAUUGAACCCGCGCCCGUCAAAGUACGACCGCUCCGAAAGUCGCGAUCCCGAUCACGGUCGAGGUCGCGAGAGCGCGAAGUCACGCCAGACUAUGAGGAUAGUGGCGUCAAGGUGUACAUCAAGCGACGGAAACGCUCGAAGACUUUCGACGAACAUAAGGCCUCGAGCACGUCACAGAGCAGUCUAGCGGCCGGCUCAUCUGUCGACAAGACAGCCUCAAGUACAGAUAUCACGACACCCGCCCAGUCUCCGAGAAAGCAGACACCACCAAGGCCUGCGACCGCGCCGAAGGAGAAGGCUUCGCAUCGGUCGUUGGAGGCAGUCGAGGAGCCUCGUCACGUAAGCCAACACCGAGCGGGCGCAACUCCGGCGGAGGCCGCGACACGUGCUGGGCCAACACCGGCUGGUCCUCGCGUGUAUGGUAGUCGUAUUGAAGGCUGGCUUGCUUCCACGCAAGACCCUUUCGUAGAAAAGCGAGAAGCGUCGGAUGCUCCUGAGCCACUGCAAGUCAGGCGUAAAACGCCAACGAAGCCAGUAGACACCGAUACGAACAAUGACCGACAGGCAAGCAGCGCCAGGAGACAAGGGUCGCGCACGACUCUGGAACCGGUGGACGCUGAGCGCUCCUCGCGUUCACCAGACGAUGUCUCGCGAGGUUCUCCAACUUUGCGACGUCAUGGUGCUCGACGGUCUUCACAAUCACCAGUCAAAGGCCGUGUGGAUCGUGAUUUAGAUCACCAACCGCGAGACGCCAAGACAGAGACGGUCACAGACGCAGAACUAAGGAGGCAGAUGUCCAGAAGAGCCAACAGCCGAUCUUUCCCAACUCUCGGCAGACAAUUGUCUACAAUUGCGUCGGUCGACACAUUUCAAGGUGGCAGACCGCGGGGAUCUUCCGAUGCAUCUGAGCAUCCGACCAUCGUACCAGAGGGAAGCGUGCUAUCCCGGGCCAGCGAUGGCGAUGAGCCGCGCCGUCAAACCAGUCUCAAGCGCCGGCUCACAAAGCACUCCGACCUCAUUUCCGUACUGUCGCUUCCCCGAGGAGACCCGGGCUUGCAACCGACUCGGCGAAGUACGCGAUCACGGAGGCCGCAAGCGGAGCUGACAACCAUCGGCGACAUAAUGAACGAAGUCACCACGGAGGAGCUAAAGUACCAGCGAGAACUUCGCACGCUUGUCGAUGGCGUCAUCCCCGUGUUACUCACCUACGUCUUGCAGAAGACCGAUGCGACGGGCGCGAAACGCUUGUUCAGCGGCUCCUCCCCAGAUGGUCAAGCGGUCACUCGUCCCAUCGUAGAGAUGGGUGUGGCGCUCGAGAAGCUCAAGGCCGCUCACAAGCGCAUACCGUUGCAUGAUGCUGACGGGCUUGUGCGAUGGGCUCAGAAUACAGCUGGCAAAUACGCGGAGUAUCUGAAAGCGUGGAGGUUGGGCUUUCAGGAUGUCGUCGUUAACCUGGCGCCGGCGCAGGAGAAUGAAGGCGUGCCGAGGAACAACAACGGCGACAUGCUGAAGGGUGAUGGUGAGCGAGUGGACGUGCAGUACCUCCUCAAACGUCCGCUUGUUCGGCUGAAGUACCUGACUAAAACGUUUAAGAGCAUCGACCAGCUCGCGCCAUCGCGGAGCGCAGAAGAGAUGGCUGCGAAGUAUCAUGAGCUGGUUCAAGAAGCUCGACAGCGCUCUAACGACGAGCGCGCGCGUCUUGAGGACGAAGGAGCCGCGAACAUCGACCCUACCAGAGCACGAGAUCCGCGCAGUCUGGCACCGCUGGCGGGAGUGACCGUCGAUCCUACCAGGAGCGUCCGAGCACGGGAUUACUACGACUUGGAGCUCAUCCACUCCACGGGUCAACAGCUGAUGUGCAAGACCGAGAUCAUUCUCCGUGACGAUGCGCCAGACCGAGGAGACGCGAGCGAUAUACUAAUCUGCGAAGUCUCGCUGGCCGGACGAUGGCUGUUGUUCCCGCCGAUACCCGCCUCGAACGUGUCCGCAAGGUCCGGCGACAAGGAUGGGGAGAUCAUCGUCAUGGUGAGAGGUCUGCUUGCCAGCGGUAAGGAAUGGCGAGAACUCAUGUCAUUGCGAUCAGAGGAUGAGGGUGCCGUGACUGAGUGGCUCGGCAUGCUGCGCUCUAGUCCUGCACCUCCACGGUUGACCAAACAGUCGAGCUUCAACACGCUGCGGGAGCCGUACCUCAUGAGUGGAGGUCUAGGGAAGGCACCUUCUGCAGCUAGAGCACCUUCUCCUAGCGAAGUGGAUGUACCGAUAGGCGAGCAAGCGGACGAUAAAGCGGAGAAGUGGGAUGGCAGUGAGGUCAACAGCGUAGUGGGCGACCUGUCUUCACCGUCUGGCCUGCGUAGGACCAAGGCCAAACGGUAUCGAAGCUCGCCCGCUUCACCAAUCACCGAAGAUCCUUAUGAACAGGUUCGAGCUCGCGCGGUCCACAUCAGCAAGCAGGAACGGUACGUUGAAGAUGCUCCCUCGCCCCUGCAGUCGAGGUAUCGCGGGAGGCCGCAAUCCAGCUAUGUGCCGUCGACCUCCGACUGGACGUCUACUUCCGCUCCCUCGACGCCCAGGAAGGAGUACAGUGUCUGGUUGCCUUCAACGGACGGCGGGUCCGUGUCGGAGUCUUCGAGUGGUGAGUCGGAGGAUGAACGUCAUACUCGUCGACCACAGCGCCCAGGCUUGCAUCGGAGGACGUCAUCUGUGCCCUCGUUGGAGCUGCCGACGAUACCCAAGCUUAGGAAGCCUCAGCCUAGUGUUUCGCAUAGGGUACCGGACAAAUCACCGCCACCGUCCAUCGAAACGCCGAGGUCUGCGCCAUCGAAGCUGCAGAAGAAGCGUGCGGAGCCAGCUACUACUGAUCCGAAGAAGAUGGAACAGGCACCGUCGGCGCGGCCGACUUCUGUUGGUCUUCGAUCAAGCAUACUGCCGUCGUUUACUCCAGCCUUCCUGAAGCGGAACCGAAGGUCAUCGUCACCGCUCAAGCACGAAUACGAGCCUUCCACAGCGUCUGGGUCGCUUAGCGAAAGCGAGCUUUCAGAGGUCGACGCGGUAGAGUCUGCGACAUCGGAAUCCGAAGAAGAAAAAGAGGGUACAUCUACGCUCGGCGACUUGCAAAACUUCCAGAAGCGUGGCCAAUUCCGAUCAAUCAGCCAUCCUGCACCACCCAAAUCUAUCUACUCUGCUGGUGGAGAGUCUGUAAGACCUUCGGACUCGGCUUCGCAAGGGCCGUAUCGCACAGUGCCGCCAGUUAGUGGUCAGCCGAGCAAGACUGUCGCGUCCAUCUUCGCCUGGUCUGAUCGCGGGUCUUGGGAUAGCCUGCACCCCCAAGAAUGUAGCAUCUUCGUUACGCCCGGCCUGAUUGAGGCUUUCGACAUGGCUCAAGCGGCUGCCGUGAUUGCUAAUCUUGCAGAGGGCACACGAACGACCCCUUCUCUGCACGGUGUCAAACCGCUUGUUGCUCUUGAGCUCACGCCUCUGGUGCCUUUGCGACGGGGUACGGCAGUCGACAUCUCAAUCAGGUCGCCACCAACCGCCAGCUCGCUCCUUCGAACUGGCAAUAACGUGAUGUUCCGCUCCCAAAGCCCGGAGGAGUGCGAGAAGCUGUACAACAUGAUCAACCGAGCACGCAUUGACAAUCCCACCUAUAUUGCGCUGCAAAACGCACGAGGACCAAGAGCAACGAGCAACUGGGCUGAAGUCAUGGAUCAGAGGAAUGCGCAGCGUUCCAAGAGCGCAUCUUGGAUUCGACUGGGCACACGAAGAAGCAGCACCUACCGUUCCACAGGCAGUCGUGCCGUAUCCGCAUCUACAGUCGCCACGGAGUCGUCGAUCGGCACGACGAACUCUGCCUUCUCUGCCCUGCGCAGGUUCAGCAGCGGCAGCAAUGGUAUCUUCAACAUCGCCAAGAGCACCCUCACGUCCAGAGAAGGCACUGGCACUCGCAGCACCUACAGCGACUCACUGUCCUCCGGAGCAGCAACCCCAAUGACCUUCGAUCCAAGCUUGGGCACGCCUCUUGGCAUCACCAAUGCGAAGAUCCGGCUGUAUAUCCGUGAGAGUGCGUCGAAAUGGCGAGACAUGGGCGCGGCGCGCCUGACGGUCAUGCUGCCUCCCCGCCACGAUCUAACUGCGGCAGCGGAUCCGAGAACGACAGGCAUGGACAAGCGGAUCAUAAUCUACGGGAAGAGUAAGGGAGAGACUCUGCUUGACGCGACGCUGGGUGAGAGUUGCUUUGAACGCGUCGCGCGAACAGGCAUUGCCGUCAGCGUUUGGGAAGAGGCUACGGGGCCUAAUGGCGAAGCGGUAGUGGGGGCGCAUGGCGGUGUCAGUAAUGCGCGAUCGAAGGUGUAUAUGGUUCAGAUGAAAUCGGAACGCGAUGCUGCGUAUACGUUUGGUUUGGUCGGCAAGCUGCGAUACUAAUUAUACCCUGUACAACUUGCGGAUGGGAAGCAUGUGGCGGUUGCGUGAUGUUAGCGACUGGCGUUCGGAUAUCAAUAGACUUUGGUGCUAUGCGAUGUGCACACCCGUAAUACAAGGUCAGAGAGAUGGGUGUACACCAAGGCGUCUACGCGUCUGGCUGCGGAAGCAAUUCCAAGCGGAAGCCUUUACUGUUCGGCACUUGCUACCGAAGCUCUCAUGUACACUUCUCCGCAACCAGACAUCGGAGGCUGCUGCGCCAGUACAUGAUCCAGUAAUGGCACGCUUAUAUGGACGUAGCAGCCAAAGGUAAGUUGUUCUUCAAUUCAGC